AUGUCCGGGACACAUAAUCAUCCCAGUGGGGAAUCCCACCAGCAAGACUUCGUCGCCAAAGACGAAGAAGCUCAGCACUAUGAAGACAAGGAUAUUCCUCCAGAGGCGCGAAAUGAUCCAAAGAUGCAGAAGUUGGCGGCUGAGAUCACCUACGAAGAUGAGAUCGAUCCCGUCAAUAGACAGCACAAUCCUCUUGCUCAGAAGCUCAAGUCGCGACACAUGCAAAUGAUUGCUAUAGGUGGCUCUAUCGGCGCUGGUCUUUUCGUCGGCUCUGGUGGUGCUCUACGCAGUGGUGGCCCUGCUAGUGUGCUCUUAGGUUUUAUGAUUGUCGGUGGCAUGUUACUCUGUACAAUGCAGGCCUUGGGAGAGCUAACCGUCUUAUACCCUGUCAAUGGUGCAUUCUAUACCUAUAUCUGUCGGUUUGUCGACCCCUCCUGGGGUUUUGCUGUUGGUUGGGAUUAUGCAAUCGGAUGGCUUACAGUUCUACCCUUUGAACUUACGGCGGCCUCCAUCACCAUCAAAUAUUGGCGCACCGAUAUUCAUGUCAGUGUUUGGAUUACCAUCUUUCUAGUGUUCCUCAUUGGCGUACAAAUCUUCGGCGUCCGAGGAUAUGGUGAAGUUGAAUUUGUCUUGUCUGUGAUCAAGAUCAUUGCCGUACUGGGAUUCAUCAUCUUCGGAAUUGUCGUGAACUGCGGAGGUGUCCCAAGUGACGACCGAGGGUAUAUUGGAGCACGAUACUGGCACAAUCCAGGAGCGUUCCAGAACGGCUUUCAUGGAUUUUGCACGGUGUUUGUUACUGCUGCUUUUGCCUUUGGCGGCACUGAACUGGUUGGUCUUGCAGCUGCCGAGGCUGAAAAUCCUGCGAAAUCACUUCCAAAAGCCACUCGACAAGUAUUCUGGCGAAUCGCCUUUUUCUAUAUUGUAUCACUGUUCAUUGUCGGCCUUAUUGUGCCCUCGGACAGUCCUGAUCUCCUAGGCGCAAGUGGUGCCAACACCAAAGCCUCCCCGUUUGUGCUCGCUAUCAAGUAUGCGGGUGUCAAAGGGCUGCCUUCGGUGAUGAAUGCGGUUGUUACUAUUUCUGUGAUCAGCGUGGCCAAUAGUUGCACGUAUGGAUCUUCGAGAACAAUGCAAGCACUUGCAACCAGGGGAAUGGCUCCGAGAUUCCUGAUGUACGUUGACAAGAAGGGCAGGCCAACGUGGUGCAUAGUCAUCCAAUUACUCUUUGGAUGUUUGGCCUAUAUUGGAGAGGCAAACGCGUCGGGAACCAUUUUCACCUGGCUUUUGGCUUUGUCCGGCCUCAGUUUUUUCUUCUUGUGGUUUAGCAUCAAUCUUGCACACGUCCGAUUCCGCCAUGGAUGGUAUGCCCAUGGUUUCACCAAAGAACAGCUCCCUUAUCAGGCAGCAUUCGGUAUAUAUGGCUCCUACGUCGGAGUAGCUCUCAAUGCCCUGGCAAUGAUCGCAACUUUCUACACGUCACUCUUCCCACUCCACGGCGAACCAGACCCUGGGACCUUCUUCGAAAACUACCUUGCUGCACCGAUUGUUCUGGCGCUCUAUUUGGGCUGGAAACUUUACUCCAGAGAUUGGAAAUUGUUUGUUCGUGCAACUGAAAUGGACGUGACCACCGGAAUCCGCCGAGGUAGUAUUGACAUGGCUGUUCAGAACAAACAACCAGGUUGGAAGAAGGCGAUGAGGGCUUUCUUCUAG